AUGUCGACUGAUGAUCCAAAGCUCGUCCCAACUGACGAGCAGGGGGAGCUCUUCUGCCAGCUCCUAGAAAGAGUGCACACAGAAGAAGUCUUGAAAAAACAACACUACACCCCCAUUUCAGCUCGUGGGUAUGGCGCUCGUUGCGCCGCGGGUGGGGUCGUCCAAUACAGGGAAUUUAUCGAGAGCCCAAUGCCAAAUGAAAACACAGCCAGACGACAGGCGCUCGUCCUAGAUUGCGAGAUGGUCGGGGUCUCAGAAGGCCACAAAGAGCUAGCCUUUCUGGUGGUCGUGGACUUUCUCACCGGUGAUAUUCUCAUCAACAAUUUCGUUCAUCCAACCAAUAUCGUCCGAAACUGGUUAACCCGAUCGAGCGGCAUAACGUGUGCCAGUAUGAAGGCUGCGGUGAAGGAUAACCUCGCCCUUCGAGGAUGGAAAGCAGCGCGCGAAAUGCUUUUUGAACAUAUGGAUAGUACCACUAUCCUGGUCGGCCACGCCCUCCAUAACGACCUAAACGUCCUGGGGGUUGUACACCCCACAAUCAUCGACACGGAAAUCCUCACCGCUGAUUCGGUGUAUAGACCGCUGGCGAGACGCUUCCGGAGGACUUGGAGCCUCAAAGCCUUGGCCAAUGACUUGCUUGGUCUGAAAAUCCAAGUGGAUAAGCGUGGACAUAGUGCGCUGGAAGAUGCGAUGGCCACAAGGCAGGUGCUACUUCAUUGCAUCAAAAGCCCCCUCGACCUGGAGGCUUGGGCUGAUGAAGCACGAAGCAAGGAGCCUCCCAAACCCGAAGAACCGGUCAAGGAGGAACCGGAGAGAGAUCCUUGGUUUGAUUAA